AGUUCACUGGGUACAAAGGUUAAAACAAAGUGAAAUACAAUCAUAUGACAUACUUUUUUUUAAUGGUGUAGAAGAAACAGAAUCGAUUCCUUUAGCAUACGAGUCUCAGAAACAAAAGAAAGAAGUUAAGGCCUGCGAUAUGAAAACCACAAGCAUCAUGAUCUUGUUUUGGCCCUUCUCUAUGCUAUUAUUAUCAGAAGAAAGCGAGACUUCUAAAAUAGAAAUUAAAUGUAAUUUCACUGAAAUGAACUAUUAUUUGAUUCCAGUGGAUAUCAAUAAAGAUGUUACUAUACUUGAUCUCAGUUACAACCAAAUUACUCUGAAUGUUACAGACACAAGGGCUCUACAGACAUAUUUUUUACUCACUGAGCUCUAUUUGAUUGAGAACAAUAUUGUUAUCUUACAUAAUAAUAGUUUUGGUAACCUCUCCAAUCUAGAAAUUUUAAAUAUCUGUAGAAACUCCAUCAGUGUAAUUCAACCACAGGCAUUUAUAGGAUUAAGUGAACUAAAACAGUUAUAUCUCUGCCAAAACAAAAUAUUACAACUGAAUCCUGAUAUAUUCGUGCCUUUAAAAAACCUGAUACUUCUGAAUCUGCAAGGUAAUUUGAUAAGCUAUUUUGAUGUACCACAACUGUUUCAUCUGGAAUUAAUAAUUUUAUAUGGAAAUCCAUGGAACUGCUCUUGUAGUCUGCUGAAUUUGAAGAACUGGUUGAAUACAUCAAACGUGACACUAGAAAAUGAGAAUAUCACCAUGUGUAGCUACCCAAAUAUCUUGAAGUUCUACAGUAUCAAAACAGUACCUUAUAAGGCUGAAUGCUACUCAAAAUUUCCUUCACUUAUAACUGAAGAUCUUUAUACACAUUUUCAGUCCAUUAGCAACUCAACACUUAACAGCUCUUUGAACAACUUAACAAGAAAUUCAGAACAUGAACCUCUUGGAAAAAGCUGGGCUUUUCUUGUUGGUGUUGUAGUCACUCUACUGAUGACUUCACUCCUCAUUUUUAUUGCUGUCAAAUGCCCAAUAUGGUAUAAUUUUCUGCUUAGUUACAAUCAUCACCGCCUGGAAGAGCAUGAAGCAGAAACCUAUGAAGAUGGUUUUACUGGAAAUCCAAGUUCUCUUUCACAGAUACCAGAUACAAACUCUGAAGAAGCUACGGUGAUAUUUGAACAACUACAUUCAUUUGUGGUAGAUGACGAUGGAUUUAUUGAAGACAAAUAUAUAGAUACUCAUGAAUUACGGGAAGAAAAUUUCCUUCCACUUUGAUUCUUUAAAAUUGUUAUCAGUUCACUCACAGUUUAGACAUGGAAAUUUUGUUAUGUGACAUACCAACUAUACUAAACUCUAGCUAGUAAACUUCCAUAUUAAUUGUAACACAUAUUAAUGUCAAAAAUUAUGUUUUUCUCAUUGCUAUUGAGCAAGUAGGUACAAAUACAGUAGCUAAUACUCCUUGGUAGCUAAUAUUUAUAAUACCAUCUUUAUCACUCUCAGCAGUAUUUAGAAGACUAUACAUAAUAGAAGGAAAAGGCCUAAAUUUUUCAUUAAUUAAAAUGAUGUAAUGUGUCAUUUAUAUGAUGGAUUUAUUUCAUGUUAAUCAGAUGGCCAACACAUCAAUAACACAAGGAUAUACUUUGACACUACACAAUCAAAGGGAAAAGGACAUGCUAUACCUUGAGAAAGCAGUUUUCACUGUCUUCUCUUUAGUACCAGUAUUUAGUGUGAUAUGACCAUCUGGUUUAUUAUGGACCAACUAUUCAUAUUCAGUUGGUUAUAGUAUAUAGCUUCCAUGUAUUACUUCAACACUUAAAACUUGGCUUUAAUUCAAUUGCACAUGCCUGCUUGAACUAAUGAUUCUCUUCCAGUUCUGACGUCUAUAAUUUUCUAAAAAUUUGGUAUUAGCCAAAAUCAAUUAUCUUUUGAAAAUAUAUGUAAUUAUAAUUUUAAACCCAUUUAUUUUACUUGUUUAGUGAGAUAUUUUUAAGCAUUCAAUAUUCAAUUAUAAGAGGCUCUUGAAUAUAAGAGGUUAGAUGCAGUCUUUGUUCAUUCAUAAUUACAUUUCACUUUACUACAGCAAAUUUAGUGAAAUUAUAGACAUCAGAAUUGGAAGAGAAUCAUUAGCUCAAGCAGGCAUGUGCAACUGAAUUAAAGCUAAGUUCUAAAUAUUGUAGUAAUACAUCGAAGCUAUAUACUAUAACCAAAUUACUAUGAAUAGGUGUUCCAUAAUAAACCAGAUGGUCAUAUUAUACUAAAUAGUGGUACUAAAGAAAAGACAGUGAAAACUUAAGUUUUUUAUAUCUGCCUUCUCAAGGUAUAGCAUGUCCUUUUCCCUUUGACUGUGUAGUCAAGGUAGAUACAUGUGUUACUGAGAUGUUGGCCAUAUGAUUAACAUAUAAAAUAAAUCCAUCCUCCUGCUGCAUAUAGAAGUAAUCUUCAUAAAAAUAACUUUGUUCUUAAAUUUCUGCUUAAAUGGGUCAGAACCAAUUUACUCAGCCUCUAUUAGAAUUAUAGAUAAUAAGGGUUUUGUUUGUUUGUUUGUUUUGGUAUCAUAAUUGUAUACAAUUUUGUAUCCAGCUUUUUUUUAAAUUAAAAUAUCAUUGAUAUACAAACAGAUAAUAAGUUUGUAAAUGGCUUACAUUUUUAGGACAAGCUGCCAUAUUUUAAGAACUUUUUUUUCUUAACUAAAUAAACCAAAUAAGACAUAAAAACCUAUGAUAUUCUUAAAUUUAUACCUAAACUCUGGGAGUUAUCUUUUUAGACGAAUUAUCUAUAAAACAUGUACAUAUAAUACUUAUAAAUCUGACCUGCAUAUUACAUUACCUUUAUAUAAAUGAUGAAAUAAAUGGGACCUAAAUAUUCUAAACACUAUAAGGUCUUCAAUAGGUUACAGCUUAUUACUUUGCAUUCUUUAGGUACCCAGAAGACUACUAUAUAUAUAGUAGAUGAUAAAUAUUUGCUAAAUGGUUUAAACCCAGAUUAACAAAAAGGAAAGUUUUCAAGGGCUUGGUCACUAUGAAUAUGGAAUUUUUUUUAAAAUGGAAGAGACUUUCAGUAUUUGUAAUUUUAAGAUAGCACUUCACAGCAGUAUCAAAUGAUAGAAGGGAAAAAGAGAUUCCUUUGUUUUUAAUCAAAAGAAUAAUUCUAUUUAUCUUUCAAAUGUUUCAUCAAUCUUAACAUCCUGUUCUUCAUCAACUAUUUACCAUACAUGCAGAGGUAAUAUGACGGUAUAUUUGAUGUUACAGAAUUUCACUGAUUUUGGUUAAUUAUUAUUCUUGCUCCCAAAAAGACUAAUAUGGAUAAAUUUCUGAGACAAAAUACAUGUGGUUUGUAUAUAUACAAAAUAGCUCAACUUUUUUGUUUGCAUUGCCUUAAACAAUAUUUAAGGUAAAAAGUCAAUGAAGAAUAAUUAUGUUAACCACUGCUACUUUCUAAAUUUUUGUGUCCCUCUAAAAUUCAUGUUGAAAUAUUAAUCCCCAAAAGGUAAUGGCAUUGGUAGGUGUGGUCUUCAGGUACUUAUUAGGUCAUGAAGGUAGAGCCCUCAUUAAUGAGGUUAGUGCUCUUAUAAAAGACCACACUGAGCUCCUCAGGCCCUUCCACCACAUGAGGAUACAGCAAAAUGGCACCACAUAUGAACCAGAAAGAGAGCCUUCACUAGAACAGAAUCAUGUUGUGCCUUGAUAUUGGACUUUCCAGCUUCUAAAAUGGUGAGCAGUAAGUUCCUGUUGUUAGUGAAAUACCCAGUCUACAGUUUUUUGUUAUAACAGCCCAAACAGACUAAGACAACCACAUCACAUCUACUUAUUAUCUUAAGCAUUACUGUCACUGCCACAAUUACCUUAUUACCAAAAAUGAAGUUACUCGGGUUUGUCUUUAGCCAUGUCUUACAUAAAGAUGCACAUAUGAUCUACAUCUAUGAUGUAGAUUACUAUUAGUUAUCAAUUAAUAAUGAAAUAAUGUAAAUAACUCAAAACUAAGCCCUUUGACGUAAGCCCUAAUGACUUAAAUCCUAUAACACUGGGGCUUAAAUCUCAUAAUUCAAAUUAGUUAAAAAGCACAGGUUAAAAUUACAAAUGGUAGAGAUGAAGACAUUGUUACCCAUCUUAGAUUUUAAACUCCUAAACAUGGAAAUUUUAUUUACCUAACAUAGGUAGUAAUUUUAUUUGUACAGGACUUGGGUAUUUAACAGUAAAUGAAGAUAAUAAAUGCAUAAACAAUAACACUUUUAUUUCAAAUAUCCAAAUUUUUAAAAUUAAAAUGCAAAAAGGAAAAAUUAUUAAGAAAACUUUAAGAAAAUAAAUGACUCAAGAGUAACUACCUAAUACAGCUCACUUACAAAUCUGUUUGAUCUCUAAAUGAGAUGGACUUACGCUUGUCUUUCAGUAAAUAUGAUAUCCAUACUUUGUGUUUCUUGAUCAUUUUGAGCUUUAAGCUGAAUAAAAAGUUAACACAUAAGUUAGUUAUAAAAAAUUAUCAUUAAGCUAUUUCUUUAAAGGUUGCGUUGGUUGUGAACUGAGAGAUUAUUAUAGUAAUCUUAAUGCAAUAUCCAAAGUUUAAAAAAUACUGUAUUUAUUUCAUUUAACAAAUCAUCAUACCAGAGAAAAAGAAACAGUCUUUUUCACAGGCAUUAUAAUCUCACACCAAAAACUCACUAGUGAUCUGUCAAAUAAUUCAAUGUAAGCUUAAUUUAUGUAAACAGAAUUUCAAGAAUUUAAUGGGUGUUGGAUAAUUGCUGAAGUUAGGCCCAACACAAACUUUACUCCUAAAUCAUUCAGGGUUUUACCUAAAUACUCCUACUUGACUCUACCUGUGCAUAUUCAACCUAGAAAUUGAACUGAUCCCAAAUAAUUGACAAAACACAAGACAUUUUUAUAUUUUACACAGAUCCUGUUUUCAGAAUUCCAGUUAGGAGAGUCAUUUUAUAAAUUCUACGCUUCACUGACUAGUUUUUGUGUAAAUUAUAAAGCUAUAUAAAAUUUGUAUAAAUAAAAUAUAAACUACA